UUUAUAUAUUUACUUGGGGAGGCUAUACAACUUCUCUUUAUCCUCUCCGUGCGUUUAAAUGAUCUGAUACUUCUUCAAACUGUAUGUAGUGAUGAGUAGAAUUUAUGACAAUUGGGAAAGGCUGGUCCGAGCCACGUUAAAGAGAGAGGAGUUUCGGGAACUUGCUCGUGCCCACUCCAGGAGCCCCAGCGUCAGCUCUGUUCCGUCAGAUUUCAGUUCGAAUUCUCCCUUUCAUGAUCAUGUUCCUGAGAGCUUUUUGGUCCCUCAAGCUUCUUCCAGCCAAAGCAUCCCGUUUAGCCAGAAGAGGAAUUUUCAAUUAGAGACUUUCAAGUAUCGUGAGGUAGGUCCGGAGUUUGGGGACACUACUUGGAAAAUUCUGGAUCAUGCCUUUUCCCAAAUUUACAAUCGCGACUCUAUUGACUUCACCUUUGCAGAACUCUACAGCCAUGCUUAUAAUAUGGUGUUACAUAAAUAUGGGGAGAAACUUUAUUCUGGACUUGAGUCAACAAUGACAUUCCACCUCCAGGAGAUGUGUAAAUGUAUUGAAGCUGCCCCUGGUGUUUCAUUUCUGGAGGAGCUGAACACAAAAUGGGCUGAUCACAAUAAUGCACUGAGGGUAAUCCGUAACAUUCUGAUGUACAUGGAUAGGACGUAUGUUCCAAGCACCCAAAAAACACCUGUCCUUGAGCUUGGGUUAAAUCUUUGGAGGGACAAUGUAAUUCACUCUAGCAAUAUCUCAAUCAGGCUUCUAUACACUCUCCUUGAUCUUAUAUAUAGGGAACGCACUGGUGAAGGUAUCAAUAGAGAGCUGAUGAGAAAUACAAUUAAAAUGCUAGUGGAAUUAGGAUCUUCAGUCUACCAAGAAGACUUCGAGAAACCUUUUAUUGAAGUCUCAUCUGAUUUUUAUAGGAUGAAGUCUCAGGAAUUUAUUGAGAGCAGUGAUUGUGGGGACUAUCUGAAGGAAGCUGAAAGAUGUCUGGAAGAAGAAAUAGCAAGGGUAUUAUGCUACUUGGAAGCAAAGAGUGAAGCCAAGAUAAUUUCUGUCGUAGAGAAAGAGAUGAUUGCCAAUCACAUGCUUAGACUACUUCACAUGGAGAAUUCGGGCUUGAUAAAUAUGCUUCUUGAUGAUAAAUAUGAUGAAUUAUCAAGAAUGUAUAGCUUAUUUCGCCGGGUUCCUAAUGGUCUUUCUAUAAUCCUAGAUGUAAUGACACCUCACAUUAGAAAUGCUGGUAGACAACUUGUUACGGAUCCUGAGAAAUUGAAGAAUCCAGUGGAAUUUGUUGACUCCCUUCUUGAGAAAAAGGAUAAGUAUGAUAAGAUCAUAAGCUCUGCAUUCAACAAUGACGAGACCUUCCAGAAUGCAUUGAACUCUUCUUUUGAAUAUUUCAUCAAUUUGAAACCUCAUAUGCCAGAGUACGCAUCAUUGUUUGUUGAUGAUAAACUGCACGAAGGACUUAGAGUGGAAGAAGAAGAAGAAGAUAUUUAGAUAAUUCUUGACAAGGUGAUAAUAUUGUUUCUUUAUCUCCAGGAGAAAGAUAUAGUUGAAAUACUAUAAUAAACAUUUGGCAAAGCGACUCUUGUCAGGAAAAUCAGUCUUUGGUAAUGCUGAAACAAGUCUGAUUGUUAAACUGAAGAGUGAACUUGGUAUCAAUUUACUUCAGAAUUAGAGGGCAUGUUUACCGACGAGAAGACCUCUCUUGAAGCAAUGCAGGAUUUUAUGAAGCCUAUGGUGCGGAGAUGGGAAAUGGCACAAGAGAUAAGACGGGGUGGAGGCGGAUAGCUUCCCCAUAUGGAGGAUGCAAUAGUAAGAAUACCAAAAUCUAGUGAGAACGUAGAUCAGAACGUCAUUGCUGAGGUUACAAAGCAAUUGCAAUCUCUUUUCCUGACCAACUUUGUUGAUCUAUUAAAUUACGACCUGUUAGCACUGGUGUGUCUAGAUAAGGCUAGGCUACCUUUUUUUUUUUCAUACUAUAUUUGGACACGAGAGAUAAAGAAAUGAUUAUAUCGAUAUCUUGCUUGAAGAAUUAACUUCCAACGUAUUUUACUCAUUUUUGGUUGAACUUUUAGAAUGGAACUGCACCUCUUUACUU